AGCUCUCUACUCUGACUCUACCUGAGCCCUCCUCUCUCCCUCUCUCUCUCCCUCCCUCUCUCCCUCUCUCUCUCUCUCUCUCUCCCUCGCUCUCCUUCACUGCCUCAGAUCCAGGGCAGUAAGUUACUGCGUUUGUAUCUGCAUCCCUCUCCCGGGCUGCAGUCUGUCGCUGCCCCUCUUUCCUCUCUCUCCCCCCCCCUCUCUCUCUCUCCCUCACUCUCUCUCUCCCUUAUCUUUUAUCCGUCCCUCUUCCUCCUCGUGUACCGAUCUGGAUUCCUCUUCGUUCUUCUUAUCAGCGCCCUCAUUACCCCGCCAAAAUGUAUCGGAACCCGUGGAUUUCGAAUUACCUGACUCACGUCAAGUUCUGCAGCCAAGGACUUGGCGGAGAGACGCCGGCCAAACUUGGCAACCCGAGAUCAUUCCAGAAGAGGGCUCUCAGCUUCCACAAAGAGUUCUCAGUGGAGGAGAAGGACGACCCUGCCGUAGCCCCCGGGGACAUCGAUGUCCGCCUCAUCACCCAGCUCCCUAAAGUCUCAGAGUUAAGGAAACACUUCGAGGGCAUCACCACAAGCCUGAGCGACUGGGAGAUGAACAGGAAGGAGCGUAUCGCGCGGCGCCUGGAGGGCAUCGAGGGGGAGGGGCCUCCCAGCCUGGUGGCCAAUCGGCUGCUGGAGGAGGACACGCCCCGCUACACCCGGGCCUCCGACUGCUGCGACCCCUGUGCUGUCAGUGUCCAGAGGUACGGCCCCGACGCCCUGCAGGGGCCCCACGCCUACCACCCCGCCACGGACCCCCCGGCCAGGGGCCCCCGCAGCACCGAGCCUCAGCUGUCCCCCCACACCCUCGCCCCCGGCCGCGCCCCCGCCCGCACCUCCGCCCUCCCCGACCCCGACACCAAGGCGGAGCGCAUCGCCCGCUACAAGGCGGAGCGGCGCCGGCAGCUGGCCGAGCGCUACGGCCUCUCCCUGGACCUGGAGCCCCCCGAGGGGGACCCCGCCCCCCCGCCGCGAGGGGGGGGACCCCGGCCCCCGCCGCGCCCCGCGUCCGGGCCGAGUCCGAGAGCUCGGACCCCCGGCCGCGGACGGGGUCCCUGGGGGAGGACGGCUGGGAGCGGCAGGCGUCCUGCGGCAACGCCCCCGUCAACAGCCCCCGGGCGGGCCGCACCGCCCCCCCCGCACCAGGGGCUCCCCGGGACGGAGGCGGGGCGCGGCCGGGCGGAGCCGCUCAGCGAGCGCGAGCGGCGGAUGAACCUGGAGAACCAGCGCCGGGCCCCGCAGGAGGCCCCCGUCGCCGUGGAGCCGGGGCCCUUCGGCUCCUCCUACAUGGAGGUCUCCGCGGCCCCCGGCCUGCCGCCCAGCUCCCCCCAGACGGGCAGGCGGGCCUCGGGGCCCCCCCAGCAUGGGGCCUCUCCGGGGGACCUGUACAUCCAGCAGCAGACCCACAACGUCCUCACGCGCCACGGCGCUGGGGCUAAAGCGAACAGCGAUUGGUACUUGGAGACUGACGCUGACGGCGACACCCCUUCUCUUAUCAACUGGCCCUCAAGAAUCCGAGUGAGGGAGCGCCUGGCCCGGGACGGGGGCCGCCAGAGGAGCCCCGAACCGGGACCCGCGCCUGAACCCCUCCAGGCCUACCGGAGGCCCACCCGAGGCCCCCCGACCCAGUCCUCCAGUCAGCACCCCACAGACCCGGCGGCCCGCCACCAGGCCCCGAGCUCCGGUCAGCACCCCACAGACCCCCCGCCCCGCCCCCAGACCCAGGCCUGUGGCCCCACCUACCUCUCCCUGGCCGUGGCCCCGGGCCCCCAGGACCCACAGCCCCAGCUCCCCAGCGGAGCGGAGGAGGGCGGGACGGAGGCGCAGACGUCCGGGCUCCUGAACAGCAGGAAGGCCGUGCUGCCGUCGGAGGUCCGCCGCCGGGAGAAGAGCACGGAGGACCCCCGGAGAGGCUGGGCGGACCGGGAGCCCCAUCGGUCCCCCAGGGCUCGGAGCCUGGGCCUGGCCUUGGGGGCGGAGGAGGCCCCGGGGGGAACCAGAGGACCGGGCCCCAGGGGGAGGACCGGACCCGGGCGGGAGGACGCAGGGGAGGGUCUCACCGGACCCCCAGAGCAGGGCUCCCACCACCACCACCCUCCUCCUCCCGCCGACGCCGUCAGACCGAGGGCGGAGGAACAGCACGGCCUCAGAGGCCCCGCCCCCGCUCCCGAGCAGACCAGGGCGGGGCACGCCGCCGCCGCCGCCGCCGCCGCACCGGAGCGAUCCGGCAGCCAGCGGAGCCGGCGCCCCCAGACGCUGGGGUCUCGAGACGCCCCGGACCCUGAGGGGCACCGGAGCAGCCGCGGGGGGAUCAGUAACGGAGGGAGCCACGAGGACGCCCAGAUGUCUGUGGCCCAGCUCAGGCACUCCUACCUGGACAGCACCUCACCACCACCACCCCCGCCGCCGCCAACACCCAGAGGCCCGAGCUGUAGGUGGUCCCGCAGAGAGGAGGUGCUGCCUGGCCCAGGGGCCCCCUGGAGAGGGGAAAGGGGGCGCAGGCCUAGGCAGUACGUGGAUCCCGGGGAGAGUAGGAAGACCUCAGAGAGGUUUAAGACCCAGCCCAUCACCUCAGCUGAGCACCACGAGACCUCUAGGUCCUGUGUCAUCUCUGAUCUGAGCAGCGCUGAGGCUGACGAGCAGACUCUGGACGAGAGAGCCAAGCUGAGUGUAGCGGCCAAGCGGUCUCUCUUUAGGGAGCUGGAGCGGAGCGCGGACCCCGGGGGGGCCAAGCCCCGGCCCCGCAACGCGGCGGUGGAGCGGAGGCUGCGGAGGGGACAGGACCGCUCCAGGACCCAGCCCGUCACCACCGAGGAGGUGGUCAUCGCCGCCACUUCCCCCCCUCCUGCUGAGUCCCAGUCUGCCCUCGUGCGCAGUGCGGCGGCGGCGGCGCGCGUCCCCAGCCCCACGCUAGUCUACAGCGUUCUGCCCCCCCCUCGCAGCCUGCAGGCCUCGUCCCAGCAGAGCUCCGCCGUGCGGGAGGCCCGGCUGGCCCAGGACGCGCAGGAGGCCCGGCUGGACCAGGACGCGCAGGAGGCCCGGCUGGCCCAGGACGCGCAGGAGGCCCGCGCCUCCCAGCAGCACCAGCAGGGGGCGACGUCCACCCAGGAGCCCCACACCCAGGACCCCAGGGGCCCCGGGCCCGCCCAGAGCCAAGGGCCGGAGGAGCCGGACCUGUGCAGCCUCAGCCUGGCGGAGAAGAUGGCAAUGUUCAACCGGCUGGCCCAGCCGCCCCCCCGGGUGGUCCGCGCCAAGGGGGACUCCCGCCAGCGCCGCGGAAACGCCCGCUACCAGACCCAGCCAAUCACACUGGGCGAUAUGGAGCAGGACCUCUCAGACCUGAGCUCCGACGGGCUGACGCGCUCUGACUCCUCCCACAGCCCCAUAGAGGGCUUCCACCUCCACAAUGCCCCUGGUACGAGGGCUGGCCCCCACUCUUCUAAAUCAACCCAGUCCGUGACCCUGAGGACCGGGGGCACGGUCUCCACGGACCACGCCGGUGACCUCCAGCUCGCCGCCGCCCCCUCCCAGAGGGCGUCGCGGGCCCCCGUGUUCCAGGGGGAGGAGGGUGUGGCCGUUAGGGAGGGGAAGAGGAAGCUGGCGUCCCCUGAGGCAGCACCCCGACAGUCUGCCCUCCCCCAGCCCCCAAGGGAGAGGAGGAGUAGAGAGAGGGAGGAGGAGGAGGAGAGGAGGAGCAGAGAGAGGGAAGAGGAGGAGGAGCAGAGACAGAGGAGGAGCAGAGAGAGGGAGGAGGAGGAGGAGAGGAGGAGCAGAGAGAGGGAAGAGGAGGAGGAGCAGAGGCAGAGGAGGAGCAGAGAGAGGGAGGAGGAGAGGGAGAGGAGGAGCAGAGAGAGGGAGGAGGAGAGGGAGAGGAGGAGCAGAGAGAGGGAGGAGGAGGAGGAGGAGCAGAGGCAGCUCUCCAGGGAGGAGGAGGAGCAGAGGAGGAGAGAGAGGGAGGAGGCAGACGAGGAGGAGGAGGAGCAGCUGGCCAGGGGGAAGGGGAGGGGGCAGGGGGCGCGGCUGGGCUCAGAGAGCCAGGAGCUCCAGAGGAGGGAGGAGCACGCCGUCGCGCUGAAGGAGCCGCUGGAACUACACUUCCCAGAAUCCCACAGGAGCUGGUCUGUCGGAGAAGAGCCCCCAGAGUCUUCCAGACCAGACCCCCGGUCUGCUCAGCGCCCCCCGGGGGGGGACCUCGCCAUGGACCUGGGCGGAGUCACCUACCAGUUCGACGAGCCUGACCUGGUGACCGACCGCACCAGGAAGCUGACCGCCAGACAGAUGUCAAUCAAGGACCGCCUGGCGCUGCUGAAGAAGAGCGGCGAGGAGGACUGGAGGAACCGCAUCAACAGGAAGCAGGAAGCCGGCGUGACGACGGCGGCGGCGGUGAUGGCGGACACCAGCGCCCCCCUGUGGGAGUCGGAGCGGAACCUCCGGAAGGAAGGCGAGGCAGCCAUGGUGAUUGAUGGGUGUGAUGUGUCAGAAGAGCUCUGGGAUCCCACCUUCUCCUCCACGGUCUCGCUUGCUUCUGAGCUCCCUCUCUACACCUACCCCGCCAGCGAGCCCAGCAGCCAGGCCUCUAGAUCCCUGCUGGUGGACGAGAGACAUCCCUGGAGGAGGAAGAGGGUGGAGGAGGGCGACCCUGAGGCCAAGCUCUCCAUCCAGGAGAGGAAGAGGCUGAUGGAGGCACGGGAGGAGGCCUGGAAGACCACCGGCCGAGGGGCCGCAAACGACUCCACACAGUUCACCGUGGCCGCCCGCAUGGUCAAGAAAGGGCUGGCCUCCCCCACAACCCUCCACUCCUCCCCCCCGGCCAAACCCAAGAGCAGCGCCCUGGCCAUCUCCAAACCCCAGGAGGAGAUCAAGGCCCUGGCAGACAUGGACUUUGAAUCAGACGGGAAGCUGGAUAAACUGGAGUCUUUCCUUGGCAAGAUCAACAGCAAAGGGUUUGGUCUGCGCGAGGCCACCGUCACGGUGACCCAGCAGAAGGUGAAGGAGGUGAUGAGCCUGGAGGACGAGACCUUCUCCAGGUUCUACCCCCGCGUGGCGGACCCCCCCGCUCCCAGCGGCGGCGGCGCCGAGAUCUACGAGGACUUCGACGCCAUCUUUGACCCCCUUUUGCCACGGCUGACGUCGGACAUGGUGCAGCACCGGCGGGCGGUCCGGCCCACGCGGAACGUGGCGUCGUCCAGGAACCCCCUGAAGAAGCUGGCGGCGCGGCAGGACCUGCUGCAGGAGUACACGGAGCAGAGGCUCAACGUGGGGCUGCUGGAGAGCAAGAGGAUGAACGCCCAGAAGAUGAGUCAGAACUCGGGGUUCUCGGAGGUGGCCCUGGCCGGCCUGGCCAGUAAGGAGAACUUCAGCAGCGUCAGCCUGCGCAGCGUCAACAUCUCCGAGCAGAUGUCCAACAGCGCUGCCCCUUACAAGAAGCUCAUGCUACUGCAGGUCAAAGGUCGACGGCACAUCCAGACCCGGCUGGUGGAGCCCCGGGCGUCGUCCCUGAACAGCGGGGACUGCUUCCUGCUGGUCACGCCCCACCACUGCUUCGUCUGGACGGGGGAGUUCGCCAACGUCAUCGAGAGGAACAAGGCCAAAGAGCUGGCCAACUUUGUGCAGACCAAGCGGGACUUGGGUUGCCGGGCCAACUACGUCCAGAUCAUCGAGGAGGGCGGGACCACGAGCUCCGCCGCCUCCAAGGAGUUCUGGAAGAUUCUUGGAGGCCAGGCGGACUACCAGUCCGCCGGGACCCCAGACGAGGACGAGCUGUACGAGGGAGCCAUCGUGGAGACCAACUGCAUCUACCGCCUGGUGGACGACAAGCUGGUGCCGGACGAUGACUUCUGGGCCAAGGUUCCCCGCUGUGCCCUGCUGGACCCCAAGGAGGUGCUGGUGUUCGACUUCGGCAGUGAGAUGUACAUCUGGCACGGCAAGGAGGUGACCCUGGCCCAGAGGAAGGUGGCCUUCCAACUGGCCAAGCACCUGUGGAACGGCACCUUCGACUACACCUGCUGUGACAUCAACCCCCUGGACCCGGGGGAGUGCAACCCCCUCAUACCCAAGAAGGGCCAGGGCCGUCCCGACUGGGCGGUGUUCGGCCGGCUCACGCAGCACAACGAGACCACGCUGUUCAAGGAGAAGUUCCUGGACUGGAGCGAGAAGAGGAAGAUCUCCAGCCCCACCAGGAACGGCUCCGUCAACGCCGCCGACCACAACGAGCCCCCCGUGUCUGACCCCCCCCGGGCGUACGACCCCUCCCUGAUGCUGGCGGGCCCCGGGGGGCCGGUUCGCACGGUGCUGGACGGCACGGACGUGGGGCGGGGCUACGGCCUGGUGGAGGGCGAGGAGAGGCGGAGCCAGCAGGUCAGCACCAUGGCGACGGAGGUGUGGCACAUCCUGGAGUUCGACUACAGCCGCCUCCCCCAGCAGAGCAUUGGCCAGUUCCACGAGGGCGACGCCUACGUGGUCAAGUGGAAGUACAUGGUCAGCACCGCCGUGGGGAAGAGGCAGAACCCAGAGCAGGCGCGGACGGCGGGCGCGGGGAAGGAGAAGUGCUGCUACUUCUUCUGGCAGGGCCGCAACGCCACCGUCAGCGAGAAGGGGACCUCCGCCCUCAUGACCGUGGAGCUGGACGAGGAGAGGGGCGCCCAGGUCCAGGUCCUGCAGGGUAAGGAGCCCCCCUGCUUCCUCCAGUGCUUCAGAGGAGGGAUGGUGGUCCACUCAGGGAGGAGAGAGGAGGAGGAGGACAUGUCUCAGAAUGACUGGCGUCUGUACUGCGUGCGCGGGGAGGUGGCGCAGGAGGGCCACCUGCUGGAGGUGGUGUGUCACUGCAGCAGCCUGCGCUCGCGGGUCUCCAUGGUGAUGGUGGGCGUGGGCCAGGCCCUCAUCUAUCUGUGGCACGGCUGCAAGGCCCAGGCGCACACGCGGGACGUGGCCCUCACUGCCGCCCGCAGCAUCAAGGAGCACUGUCCUCUGGAGGCGGGGCUUCACAGCAGCAGUCAGGUGACCAUCGUGGAGUGUGACGAGGGGGCGGAGCCCGCCGGCUUCUGGGAGGCCCUGGGGAGGCGGGACCGGAAGGCCUACGACUGCAUGCUGCAAGACCCGGGACGGUUCAGCUUCACGCCGCGCCUCUACCAGCUGGGCAGCAGCUCGGGGGAGUUCCGGGCGGUGGAGCUGCUGUACCCGGCGCGGGUCCCGGAGCAGGUCAACCCCCAGCCCUUCCUCCAGGAGGACCUGUACACCGCCGCCCAGCCCGCUCUGUUCCUGGUGGACAACCACCACGAGGUGUACCUGUGGCAGGGCUGGUGGGCCCAGGACAGCCUGGUCACCGGCUCGGCCCGCAUCCGCUGGGACACGGACCGCAAGGCGGCCAUGGAGACGGUUCUGCGCUACUGCCGAGAGAAGAACGCUAAGAAGCCCCCCAAGUCGUACCUGAUCCACGCGGGCCUGGAGCCGCUCACCUUCACCAACAUGUUCCCCUGCUGGGAGCACCGCGAGGACGUGGCCGAGAUCACCGAGAGGGACGCGGAGGUGUGUAACCAGAUCAUCCUGGUGGAGGACGUCCUGGCCCGGCUCUGUAAGACGGCCUACCCCCUGGCGGACCUGCUGGCCCGGCCCCUCCCCGAGGGCGUGGACCCCCUGCGGCUGGAGGUGUACCUGUCCGACGAGGACUUCGAGAAUGGCCUGGAGAUGAGCAGAGAGGAGUAUGACCUUCUGCCCGGCUGGAAGCAGGUGAACGUGAAGAAAGCUAGAGGACUCUUCUAGAAAGUUUGACGGUGGUGAACAGCUGAGUGGCACACACUCUGUCGGGACAUUGAGUGACACACGCACACACACACAUGGAGAAACACACACGGAUACACAGACGCACACAAACCUGCACACAGACACACACAACAAAACACACGUCAACAAGAAAGGUUUGAAACUCUGGACUCUGGACUUUCCCUAAGAUCUUUUUGUCCUUGAUGGGCGAGGACUCAGGAGCGACCCUGGAUCCGUUUCCUGCAGUGUCCCCCCCCCCCCCACUGGCGCCCGUACCCCCCUCCCUUCCUUGGCCCCGUUUGCGUUUGCGUCAAAUUGUUUGUGUUUAUGGUUAGAAUGAGUUUGAUGCUCGGCUAAUGCUGCCUUAUUUUAAUUAUGUCGUGAAGUCUAGUUUUCAUUAAAUCCUCCCACCUUGUAGGAUGUAUAUAUGCAUAGGCUGGCCCAGGUGUGUGUGUGUGUGUGUGUGUGUGUGUGUGUGUGUGUGUGUGUGUGUGUGUGUGUGUGUGUGUGUGUGUGUGUGUGUGUGUGUGUGUGUGUGUGUGUGUGUGUGUGUGUGUGUGUGUGUGUGUGUGUGUGUGUGAGCUUGGCUCACCGCGACUAACCCUCCGCUAUCCUCGUGACUUUGUGCAUUAAAUGUAAUUUAUAUUUCUAUAGAAGGUAUAUAGGACUUUUUGAGUCUUUUUGAUUAUUUGGUGAGAAUCGAGAGAAAAAGCCCGAUGUCAGGUGUCAUGUGAUGUUAAUGUGUGUCCAUUUACUGCGACCGUGUGUACAGUUAGCCACGCCCCCUUUACAAUAACAACCAAUGAGGCUCGGAGCUAGUGGCUCGGAGCUACGGGAGAUGUGUUGGAUUUUUAAAUCCUGAGAUACAGUGUACAGUGCCUUGCUUUCCUGUACAGUUUAUAUAUAAAGAGCCUAGUCUGCAUUUUUGAAGACUCAUUUUGUGACAUAAUGAAUAGUAAGAGAAACUAAUAGAGAAAUAAACGCUAAUUCUGAAAAAAAAAAUUGUCUUUUGUGUGCAACAGAUCUUCAAUUUCAAAGCAAGCGUUACGACCGUGUCUCGUUGGGGUUGUGCUAUGCUGUGGUGUCGGCAGAGUAAUUACUCAGAUCCUCCCAUAGAGGGCGCUAUAAUACAACACAACGGGGCCUUUCAGAAGUCGAUUGAGUUGACUAUAUAUGUAACGCACAAAAGUAUUAUAAGAGGUAUAGCAAGUCACAAGCGCUUCUGUCCGACUGUUACGGCCACCCUUUAUAUCAUGGCUCGCGGUUCGGCGGCCAGUAACAUGACAAAAGUAGAAUUAAAGUUUAAAUAAUGAUGUUGCUUUAUUCAAACGAAAGUCGUUCCCAAACUCCCAACAACGGGAGGACUGAUUAACCAAAAAAACAAAAGGGGUGGGGGAAGCCUGGGCCAGCCGCGCAUUGGGCCGUUGAAGCCAGGACUUCCUCCUCCUACCCUACAAUUCCCAGACUCUAGACAACAGAAAACACGAAAAUACCUAUUCUAUCGGUCCUCCAUUCACGGGAUCCGAACAGCUCAGGACAGCGUGAAGAUGCCAAUAGUGAGAGAGAAACCCGCGGGAACACCCGCAGGUAAGUAGCGGUAGUAGUCCUAGCUCCACCCCCGAAUCAGGAACACCUGAGAGCCAGAGGAGAAUAGAGCAGGAGAAAUGAGCAAAAGGUAGGGCGCGUGACACCAACCUGUUGGAAUCUACUGAUCAUGUUCUUAUGUCUCCCGACGGUCCUGAAGAUAAACGCUGAACGCUUCAGAAGUUCUCAACGAUUUGACAAACGCAAAGCGAUUAAGGUGAUUAUUUUGGUUUCUUCAUCUUUAUAUAAUCACCAAAGCAGAAUAAACACUGGUGUUUUAGUUUUCCUUGGGUGGUUUUAUUCAGAUCACACUUUCUACAACGUGACACACCGCCUCCCUUGUUUUAACACACAAACUCAGAAAUAUGUUGCCCUACAUGAGGAGGGUGGCAUGAGAUGAUUUUCUUCCUCCUCCUCCUGUCACCCACCCGAUCUGAGAGCUUCUGGUGUAGGGGUGUGCGUGU